CCCCCCCCGAGAUGAGUUCAAUAAUCUUCAGCCCCUGGGGCAGCGCCAAGCUGGUCCCGGCUCCCAGCCCCGCCCCGCAGGGGGCGCCCGAGGGGUCCGCAGGGGGGGCGCCCGGAGCCGCCGAGGGGAGAGCCCCGUGCGACUGGAGCGAGCAGCUGGAGGUUGGGCAGAGGCGGGACUGCGGGCACCACGUCUGCCAGCAGUGCGAGGGGGACUCGGAGAGUGCCGGGAUCCUGUACUGUGUUCAGUGUUUGCAGGACCAGGAAACGCAGCUGCUCAAGGACCUGGACCGGCUACGUGGAGCUGCGGGGGAUGAUUCCAAAUUCAACCCCAGCCUGGCGCAGGGACUGAGGUGA